AUGACAGUGUUGCUUAUACAAAAAUGUAAUAUAAUAAGUCAUAGGCGUUGCAAGAGGUCUUGUGGCAAACCCAAAUCUGUCGGUCGUUUUUUAAAGCAGCAGGUGUUUGUCGUUAAGUAUCUCGAGGGCAUUGAUAUUCCAACACCAAAUCAGUCAGCAAUCUACAAAGAAACAUUUUCAAGAACCUGUCAAAUCCCUUUCAUUUAUUUGAUGCCAAAAACACAAAACACGUUGCACAAAAUUGGUUUUUUAUUUGGUAUUCAUGGACCGGUCAUAAGUUCAGUAGUAAUUUUUUCGCCUUUAAGAUCUCGAAAAAUUCGACGGUUCCAAAAGAGUGCUUUUCAAUGUUUUAUAAACCACUGGAAAACAGAUGAAUCUGCAGCCAGCAAUUAUGUGAAUGCGCAAUCCAAACCAUACUAUUAUACCGUCUAUUCGAGCUGCUGUACGAUGCAGAAGUUACCAUCGAACCGGCAUUCCAGGAGUGGCGAAGUGACCAACUUAGGUCGAGUCAAGGAAAAGGAGUUGCCCUACAAUCGGUCCAUCGCUUCUUCGAUUGGCUGGCAGAGGAGGAGAGGGACAAUUCAAUAGCCAAUAGGAAUGAAGAUUAAAUGUCGUGUUAGCUUCUGAUUGUUUGUUGCGUCGUUUUAUUUAUUUUUACUCGUAAUUAUUCAUGAUGUUAUUAUCAUUACUAUGAACAUUAUCAUUGUCAUUUAUUAUUAUUAUUAUUUAUAUUAUUAUUAUUAUUAUUAUUAAGCUAGUUAUGCUAUUGGUGUUUGUGUUUACUUUAAUACUGUAUGAUGCCUGUACUAUUCAUGCGUUCGUGCGUGCGUGAGUGAGUGUGUUUGCGCGCGUGCCUGCGUAUACGUGUGUGUCUGUGUGCGUUUUUUGUAUAUACAUUAGAUUUCCUUUCACAAAUAUUGUGUUUUAUUUUAAUCUUAUUUUAAUUUUGGAGUUGAAGUCCACGAGAGAGUUCCGUGAUUAAGUCUUAAAGUUGUUCCUUUUUAUCCUGGCAAGAAGGCUAUGAUGAUGAUGGUGAUGAUGGAGAAGAUGUGACGAUGUCAUCAUCGUCACAUCUAUUAUCAUUUUUAUCGUUUAAUGUUAUUUUAUUUUUAUCUUAAACGUUAGUAUUUGCCAUUCUUUUAUCAUUAUUUGUUAUCAUUAUUAUUGUUAUUAUAUUAUUAUUUAAUAUUGUUUAUUAUUAUAAUAUUAUUAUUAUUUGAUAUUUAUUAUUAUUAUUAUUAAUUGUAUUUUUUUUAAGAGUCGGAUAACGUUAACUAUCAUUCAUUGCCUUCUUUUAUAUAAUUUUUAUUUUCUAUUAUUAUUCUGAAUUUUAAUAAUUUUAAUAAUAAUAUUAUUAUUAACAUUCUUAUUAUUAUUAUUAUUAUUAUUAUUAACAUAUUUAUUACUGAUGUUGUUUUGGCGUUUUAUCAGUUAUUGAAAUCACCGUUUUAUAUAUAUAGAUAUAUAACUUAUGUAUGUGUAUAUACAUUAUGUAUAUAUAUUAUAUAUAUAAUGUAUAUUAUAUAUAUGUGUGUGUGUGUAUAUGUAUGUAUAUACAAUGAUAAUUUUUUGUGAUGAUGACUAUUAUUUUAACGUUCUAAUUCAAGUUAGUAAUAUUAUUUUUGAGUGAAGGGUGAGCAUUCAUUAUUAUGAUGAAGUUGAAUUAUUAUCCUUAUUUAUUAAUUAUUUUCAUUAUUCAACUAGAUGAUUGGUUAUUUAUUUAUUUUAAAUUAUUCUUUUGAAUUUACUUUCCUUCGUUCAAAUAGCAAUUUUUACCUUUUA